CUCACAUCCACAUCUGCGUGAUGACUGUACAAAACCUCCUCCAUAGCCGGCCUCUCCCGACCUUCAAAAACCUAAACUGAGAAAAUGAGAUAGCAUAUAGGCUCUACAUCCAUGAUAAGCACCAUCUGGACACACCUCAUCCCUUGCUAUGUGCUUGGAAGUAGAGUGACGGCUUCGUCGUUCACUCACCUUACCUUAUUAGAGAACGCAAACGGACCAUCCUCCUCAUCUUGUGUGCUUUUUUACUAAUAAACAAGAAGCCUGACAAAAGAUGGAUUCUCGCUAAAUUAAGAGACCAGAUUACAUUAAUCCAGGGACAAUAGUUGCUGUUUUAGAAAGAAGAAACUAGAUGAGCGUCAAACUGACCAACAUGGAGAUGGAGGGCUUGGGCAGUGAGGAUGAAGAGUCUGAGGAUAGUUUUAGCUUAGUCAUGCUGGACUCCAAAGGGAAAGCCAUGGAUGGAGAAAGUAAGCUACUUCUUGAAGAUAUCGGCCCAUCGUCGUCCAAACCAGAUGAGGUAAAGCUAGGCAACUAUGACGAAGCCCUGGAGAAGGCAGGUUUUGGUAAAUUCCAUGUGAUUCUUGUCUUGGUGUGCGGUUGGGCCAAUGUCAGCGAUGCACUGGAGAUACUCAGCAUCUCGUUCAUUCUUCCAGCGGCUGAGACGGAUCUCCAACUCACGAGUUACAUGAAGGGAGUGCUGAGUGCUAUCAUAUUUGUUGGAAUGCUAAUCGGUGGCUACGUGUGGGGAGCUUUGGCCGACAUCAACGGCCGCCGUAGAACACUCAUCUUCUCCUUGUUCACCAACGCUUUCUUUGGGCUGAUGUCUAGCAUUGCUCAGGUCUACUGGCUUUUCUUACUAAUGCGAUUCUGUAGCGGUGUCGGUGUUGGUGGCGCCAUACCGAUAAUUUUCUCCUAUUUUGGGGAGUUUCAGCCAAAGAACAGACGCGGUAUGAUGAUCUCUAUUUUAUCAACGUUUUGGAUGGCAGGAAACAUCUUGGCAGCAUUUUUGGCUCUUGUCAUUAUUCCUUCAGAUAUUCAUUUUAGUACUCCGGGGUUCAGCUUUAACAGCUGGCGUGUGUUUCUAGCCGUCUGCACGAUCCCAGCCUUGACUUCCAUUAUUUUAAUGAUAUAUAUGCCGGAGAGCCCAAAGUUUUUACUAGAGAAUGGACAAAGUAAUAAAGCCUUAAAAGUUAUGCAGAGAAUCUACUCCUCGAAUACUGGGGACGACAAAUCAAAUUAUCGGCUGAAGACGCUGAUUCCAUCCGAAAAUGUGAGGCAGUUGAACGUCAAUCACGGCGGACGGCGUACUUGCAAAGAUAGAAUGCAAGAAGUGUUGGACAACACGCAGACGUCCAUUCAUAUGACAAUGCAGCUCUUCAAGAAACCCCUUACGUUCAUGACGGUUACGUUACUGCUCAUUAUCUGGACGCUGUCAUUUGGGUAUUACGGUUUAUGGAUGUGGAUGCCAGAGUUAUUCAAGCAGGCAGAGAUGACCAAUGGAUCUGUGUGUGCAGUAACGCCAGACAUGGGCAAUACAACCCUAGCUCCACAACCUCCUGAUGAUACGAUUUACUGGGAUUCUUUCUACACCAGCGUUUCCAACCUUCCAGGGAACUUGGUCACAAUCUUCCUCAUAGACAUCAUCGGUCGGAAAUUCCUCAUGUCUGCAAGUCUUCUUGUAUCAGGCGUUAUAGUCUUCUUUAUAUGGUUUGUCAGUACACGUACACAUAUCAUCAUUGUCUUCUGUUGCUUCGGGGGUGUUUCCGUUAUAGCUUGGAACGUCUUAAAUGUAAUUGCUGUAGAGGUCUACCCAACACAUAUGAGAUCUACAGCUUUUGGUGUGCAAGGUGUGAUCAAUCGAUUGGCAUCGAUCGUAGGAAACGUUAUAUUUGGGAUUCUUAUCCAGACGCAUUGCGCUGUCAAUAUCCUUCUGGUUGCUGCUCUACUGGUAUUUGGAGGUCUCCUGUCUUUAACUCUUCCAAGGACCAAGAAGAUUUCUUUACAGUAACAGCGAAAGAAAGCUUUUUUUUUUUAUCAAGUAAGGUUUUUGGUAACACCAUGUACAUUAAAUUUCUUUUAUUGGUUAUGGGGGGUUUUGAAAAGAGAGGAUGGUUAAACAAGUGGAUUAGAAUGCUUUGAGUGUCCUCCGGAGAAAAAGCACGCUAAUCUACACCUUCCAAAGUUCGUUGACCAAGAAGAAAUUUACCCACCUGGCCCCAAUUUCAUGGCUCUGCUUACCUCUAAAUUCUGCGAUUACGAUCACUGUUCUCCGCUUAAAGGCAGUGGACACUAUUGGUAAUUACUCAAAAUAAUUGUCAACAUAAAACCUAACUUGGUUUUCGAGA